AUGCAUCAACAUCCUCGAUCGCCGGCGCCGCAGGCGCCACCGCCUGCAACCAAGCCGAGUACAGCCCGCUCGGAUGACCGCAGGGAACAAGAUCUCCGCCCGAGCUCCCCAGCUUUCGAUCCUAGGGUACAAACUGGAAGAGGGCUGGGCAUAGACACAGAGCCGGGGUCGCCUGAGCAGACACAUGCUCCCCAGCCAGCGAAAGAGGCGAUUGCCAAGCUCAAUCAGAUCAUAUCGAACUACUAUACCAAAGCGGCGCUGAUAAUCUUGCAUUCCCGUGUGGAGCUGACUCCCGCGUUCGUCAAGGGUUCCGACACUCCCAGGGUGAAUCGCUGGUUCAACGUUGAGGUCGAAGACACCGACGUCCUUCGUGAACAGCUACGAACGUGGAGAACCUGCGACGCAAGUGAAAGCCGGCCUCCGCCAUUGAUCAUCGAAACAUACUUGGAUACGAAAGGGCUUACCAAUAACCAAAGCCUCGUUGCCUUGGAUGAGCAAGGGAAGCGAUUUGACGUUUCGGAAUCUCUUUCCACGCCGUCGGGGCCACAUCCCGGGGGGCCGCUAUCGUCAAGGACUGACGAUGUUAUUUUAGAGCGGUGGAGGGUUGAACUGGGGAAUAUGUCUGCCCAAUUUCCGGCUGAUCUUGGCUCCAUCCUGCCCACGGUAUAUAAGAAGAGCAUCAUCCUUUUCAGAUCGUUAUUCACCUACUCUAAAUUCUUGCCUGCCUGGAAAUUCGCAAAGCGCAACGGGAGGCUUCGCACGCACCCGGCCCUACGGAUCAAGUACCGUAUCUUGACUGGGAAGCCCAAUGCGGACCCUUCCCAGCGGGAUCAUUUAACCACGCCGCUGUUUGACAGCAGUAAUAAGGUCGUGGAUACGUACAGCUUUGGGGUCACAGAGUCGCCUGCGGGUCCAUUCUCCGUUCAAGUGACGUACCGCACCAGCUGCGAGUUCCGGGUGGAUGACUCGGAGGCCCUUUUGAGCUCACGGUUCAUGGGGGCUGAUGAUGAGGUCUUCCGCCCUUCACUUCCGAGCCGAGAAUCCAACAUCAAAGCUGCCAAUCCCGAAGCCGGAUCAGCUCCUCUUCAGAAGAGGACUGUCGAAGAUCCAGACCCCAGUCGAGCAUACGGAAGUUUGUCGACUUUCCACCACGUCGGUCCCACGACCAGCGCAAGUCCAAUCUCAGCUCUCCGAGCUGCAAGAGAGUCCGGCGCUUCGUCUCCUUCGCCUCCCGGCUCGUCUUCGCGAAAGCCUCUAGCUGCUGUGAAGGCUAGUCCUGUUGGUCGUGCUGCCGUUCUUGCCAGUGAAGGUAGCCCAAGCGUUGCUAGACGGCCGUCGAUCUCUUUUCAACCUUUCAAAGCGCCACCACUGUCAGCGUCGCCAUCCCUUGUUGAUCCACCACUGGGCAUCUCUCCCCGCUCAGGUCCGACAGCUCGCACACCUUUUUUCGAGACCAAAACCAUGCAACCGCCUUCUAUGGCAGCUUCCGCCCGCAAGUCUUUGCCGGGGCCUUCGGAGACGGCGGCUGUGUCUCCGGAUGCUGCGUCUCCUAGGCCAUCUUCGAUUUCAAGGUACCACAGCGCAUUUACGCAUCGGCGAGGAAGGCCAUCUUCUGGCAACAUAAUCAAGGUAGAGGAUGACACCUCUAGUGGCAAGGCCAGUGCAACCUCUUCCAACCCCCAGCCUGGCUCUGGAUUACUCGCUGAGGCUACUGGGACGAGUGCGGAUUCUAUACACGCAGAUGAUGAGAAUAUCUCAGAGUUCCUAAAGAUGUUGGACUUGAGGAAAGACUUGCUCAACCCGUCCAACUCUGCGACAGUCGAUGCCACUGCACGCAGGACAACGGCCACUUCUGCCGCGCUGACCCGUUUUCAGCGAAUGAGGGACUCAAAUGCGGCUCUGUCGGACUCGAUGUCCUCUUCUUUGCUCAUGCAUCGCUCGUCGAACGCCUCAAGCAAGCAGCUGUCGGGGGUGCCGCCAAUGGUGGCCGGGACCUCAAUUUCGACCGCUUCUUCACCCGGGAAACCAAUUUCCCCUCAUACUCCCCACACCCCCGCUAUUCCAUCUCGCCUAAGCUCCAACAGCAUCGUCGACUAUGGGAACAACGAGCAACGAGAUCCCCGUGUUGAACAUGAUUCUCUCGAAGAUAACUCCAGCGAAGGCACGACUAUGGUACAUCGCCCGUCCACUGUGACAGUGACAGCUAUUGAUAUCCCCACAUCACCGGCGUCACUCUUCCCCCCCACCUAUCGUCGACCCAGCUCCGCUGCACAUCAUCGACAGACGGUUUCAACCGAUGACGAUGAGAUUUUCCCCUUCAAUCUGCGCAGCAUCAGCCUUGGGGCCGAAGAAAGAUCUCACAAUAGCCUAAGCGCACGGCAGCGCCAGCAUGAUCUUGAAGGGGCAAAAGUAGACAUACAUCAAGCGCAGAGGGAGCCAUCUGCUCCAUCCAUGACGGAAGAUCCGAGUCUGACACCGAGCUCCACAGCGCGCGACAUGGGCUCUCACAAGGGGGCAUCUAUCUCUGGCCCCACCGCAACCUCAUCCUCUUCUUCCUUCAAUCAACGUGUAUACCAGCCUCGCUUCAGCCUUCCUCGCGGACGGGGACUAUCUGGCGGGCCACACUCCCUCAGCUCCGGCUCAAGUAGCCUCGCACGCGGCAUUCCUUCUUACCUCGCGGAUCGUGAUAAUGAGCGCGAUGGCAAUGGCAGUGGCAGUAACAGUGGCACCUCGGCUUCGCAGCUGGAAGAGGACGAGCCUCUUUUAUUUGCCAUGAGUGACUUCGGUGCCUCUCGGCGAAGCUUCGAGGAAGGCAGACAUGGCAAUCAUGGCGCUGAAUCGAAUGGAAGCGGCAGUGGAUCGAGACGCGGCAGUGGCAGACGGGGUGGCGGGCUUCCGGGCUUCCAUGUCUGGUCCUAG